AUGGCUGCUGUUUAUUCUGGCAUUUCCCUUAAGCUUAAAAGUAAGACAACUUCUUGGGAAGAUAAGUUAAAACUUGCUCACUUUGCCUGGAUUUCCCACCAGUGCUUACUUCCUAAUAAAGAGCAAGUAUUACUUGAUUGGGCAAGACAGUGUUUGGUUGCAUUUUACAAGGGAAAACUUGAACUGAAAGAAGACAUCGUUGAAAGACUGUGGAUUUAUAUAAAUGACAUUCUUCAUAGCAGAAAGUUGUUCACUCUCCUUAAGAAUGGAAAGACGAUCAACCUUCAGAUUUCACUAGUCAAGAUUAUAAAUGAAAGAAUAGCUGACUUCUCCUGUUUGGGAUCCCAGAAAAACAUCUGUGCUGUCCUGAGCUGCUGCCAAGGCAUCCUCUCGACCCCUGCCCUUGCUGUCAUUUAUGUGGCCAAGCAGGAGCUGAUGGUAACACUCCUGAGCCAGCUUUGCCAGCUGACCUCCAAGCACAAGGAAGGAGUUGUGGUAACCCAGUUGUUUGAGGUCCUCCACCUGGCCUUUGGACAUUACCUCACAAUCCAGCAGAGGCAGGUCAACCCAAAGCGUGCCUUUGGGGAGUUAAUAGGGCACCUCUUCCAGCCCUGCCUAGUCCUGCGGCAUUUGCUCUCAGUGGGUCAGUGGAACCAAGCCAGUAAUGGACAGUUGCUGCAGGCCCUGAACCGGGACAUUAGGAAUCAGAUAGAAACUGUACUUCAAGGUGGAGCUUUUCAGCCUGAACUGCUUUCUUUCUACAAAGAAGAGCUCUUAGAACAGCAGCAAGGCAGUGCAAAGGUGGGGACUAGUAAAAGUCUUCUGAUGCCCCUCCAUAGUAUGAUCACCAAGCUGGUAGACACUGGUUGCUGUGAGCCAUCCCUUCAGGCAGCUAUUGUGGCCAGCUCAGCGGCCUUGCUUCAUAAGCUCUUUUUAGAGUCAUACUGUAAGGAGGGGAAUCAACUGCUCUGUUUCCAGGUGCUCCCCAGGCUGUUUGGAUGUUUGAGAAUCUCAUGUCAGCUUGAGGAGAAGAUGCAGGCACUGUCCACAUCAGACUGGACCACAGAACUGUUGGUUGUGGAACAGUUUCUAAAUGCAGUGAUCAGCAACAACAUCUACAACAUUGCUGCUGACAGGAUUCGGCAUGGGGAGGUUCAGUUCCAUUUUUACCGCCGUUUGGCUGAGUUACUGAUAAAUCACCCACAACCUUCUGUGCCAGCCUGGUUCCGUUGUCUCAAGAUUUUGAUCUCUCUGAACCAUUUGAUUUUGGAGCCAGACCUGGAUGAUCUGGUGGCUUCUGCUUGGGUUGAUGCAGAGGUAACAGAAUUUCGAGUAAAAAAAGCCCAGGAGGUACUUAUUGACACUCUGUUCCAGACAUAUGGCAGGCUCCACCAGGUGCCACGGCUGUGUGCAAAUGUCUUGGGUGUGCUCUGCCGCCCAACUGCUGUGACACCGGGGUCACCAGUUCUGUCUGCAGGUGUCUCUGCUGCACUCUCUGAGUGCCUUCUUAAGUUGUCCCCAAACCAGAUCUUGGACACAUGGUCCCUUGUGCUGGAGAAGUUCCAGACUCUGGUCUUGCCCUCUUUGCUGGGUGACACUGACAUGGCCCUGAAAUCUCUGUCACUAAGCUCAGUGCUGCACUGUGUCAUGUUUAACAUGAGAAGCCUAGACAGCAGCACCCCACUACCUGUUGUCAAGCGGGCUCAGUGCAUGAUGGAGACCACACUCUGUGAGCUCGUGCAGCCCUUGUUCCACCUCCUCACUGAUCUCCCAGGCCUUACACUUGGCCUGUGGCAGCAGAAGGUCAGUGAUUCUGCACUCCUGCUUGCAUGCACAUGGGCCCAGGUGGACAUUAUGCUCAGUUUAAACUGUAGCCAGUAUCACUCUGCAUCUGGACCUGUUACUUCUCUGAAGAACUCAGACCUCCCUUCACUGCUCCCAGGUAUGGAAACCAAACAUUGGGAAAAGCUAGAGAAGUUUAUCAUUUCAUUUGAUUCUCUUGGCAAGUAUUGCCUAGAACAGCUCUAUCUACAGAAAAUGAAAAGAACUUUAAUGCAAGCUAGUUUCCAGUCUGAAGAAACCCUCCAGACCUUGAGAUAUGAUGCUGCCUAUAUUCUUCGUUCUGGCAAGAAGCACUUGAGUCAAAGGACAUCAGCUUCCUGGGACUGCCACAUAGGGACAGUGAAUGCUUACACUUACCCUGUAGCACACUGGCAUUUGAUUGCCUCCAAUCUUACAAUCCUGAUACCUUACCUUGAUGCAGAUGAUGUGAGAGACCUGGCUCAUGUUCUGCUAAGGAAUUUACCAACGGGCAGAACCCAGGAAAGCUCAGCAGAGGAAGAACACUGUAUCACCCUUGAGAAGCUCUCCAUGGCCGUCCUUCACAGUCCUAUUUUCCCAGAAUUACAGUCCUUUCACUCUGCAUUCUUAAUGUGCACAAUUGAAAGAUGUACUGACAUUCUCCUUUCUGGUGUCCAGACUGAUGCUGGUUCUAUCAGGCAGCAGCUGCACUGGCUUUUUGAAAAGGACCACACAGCUGUGGCUUACUGGGGAAAAAGACUUGCGAAUGUUGGACCUGAUGAUACAGAGCCAAGAGGAGAAGUUGCUCAGAAUUUAUUAUCGCUAGUCAAUAAUAGUUUCCCCAUUGAGUUAGACGGAGGACAAUUAGAGAGCAUCCUGGAACUUUUGGAAGUGAUUUCUGCCCUACAAUUGGACAGUCUCUUGGCUCCCUGUCAUGUGCACUGCUUUCUUCUGUUACUGUCCAUGGCCAUUGCCAGGCUGGGGAGCACUUCCUCUUCACUGACGCUCAAAUUUUUGAUGACCUGCUACAAGCUUCUUGAUUACUUGCAGAGAGGAAAAAGUGCCUACUCAGUGUUCAAGAUAAUGUAUGCCAGUGAUAUUUUUCAGAUCAUCCUGACCUCCUUGUUCAAAGCCAUUGAUCAGUUGGUUAUUGAUAGAGAUGAGCCCUCUUGGUUGGAAUUUCUGCAGGUGGUGGGGACAUUUUUAGAACAUCUAAUGCAAAUGCUCAUCCAGAUAAAGCUAAGUCUGGUACUCAAUUUUGGGAAAAUCAUCACAUUCCUCACAAGCUGUAAACUGCAUGCUGAGGCUUCUAGCAAACAGCUGAAACGACAGAAGAUUCUGAGCAGACAGGUCCUGCUUUUGUCACUAACUAAGCUGUGCCAUGUCUUGGGACCUUUUGUUGAAGAACAGAAGCAGCAACGUGAGCCCCUAGAGAUGCUGCCUGAGCUUUUGCAGCAAGCCAUUCUGCAGACAGGGGCUGUGCUACAGCUCUCCCCAGAUCCUGGGGCCACUGGCUGGCAUCUUUCCUCAUCCUUCCUCUCGUCAGUCACCACACUCCUUGAAGCAGAUGUGACCCAGCACUCUGGGGACAAACAGGCAGAGAUUUCCAAGCUGAUGGACAACAUGCCGUUCUCCCAUUCUGUCCUGUACCAGGCUGUUUAUUCCCAGAUACUGUCAGAGUUGUCCACUCUCACAGGAAAUACUCCCUCUUUUCAAGCAGCCUUACGAUUUUUAACUGUCUUCUUUUUGGCCCCAGAGCUCCAUCCCAAGGACUCCAUUUUUACCUCCACAUUUCAUUCUGUAAGACAACUUCUUACAGAUCCUGAAGUUCCUGUUGAGGUUGUUCAGGACAUGGAACCUCACUUGAGAGACUUGCUUACUCAAAUGAUAGAGGUUGGGACGACGGAAGACUUUCGGAUGAUGAUGCGGUAUAUUCUUCAGGGACUGGAUGUUAGUCAUAUGUGGAAAACAGAUGUGCAGACUGUCUUGUCAUCUAUUACGUUACUCAGAUUGCUACUGAACUGCCCAUUAAGUGAUGAGAAAUCACAUCUCUUCUGGCUUGCAUGCCCCCAGGUGGUCAUGGCUCUCAAUCUGCAGAACAGAGAGGCUUGUCAGGAACAUUCUUUGCUCCUCACGGUUGUUGGGCCUAUUUUAGAUGUCCUGGCUCUGCUGCUGCGGCAGGGGAAUGAGGUGUUUCACAGCCCUCACCACAUCAGUCUCGUCUUCAGCACUCUCUUGACAGUGCCACUGGACCACCUGAAGCCUCUCGAGUUUGGCAGCCUUGUCCCAAGGAUUCAAAGCGUGCUUUUUGCAAUCCUGCAGUAUCACCCAAAAGUAAUGCUGAAGACUAUCCCUUCUUUCUUGAACUCUUUUAAUAGAUUGGUGUUUUCAGUCAUGUGCAAAGGGCGACAGAAAGACAAAGGAAGCACAGAUGAUCUGACCAUGAUCCUGGAGUGUGCACGCCUGGUCAAAAGAAUGUACAGCCAUAUCACAGCCAGAGCAGAGGAAUUCACUGUGUUUUCUCCCUUUAUGGUGUCUCAGUAUGUGACAGAGGUGCAGAAGGUAAUACUGUAUCCAGUUGUAAAGGAUAUUCUGCAAGAGGGUAUUUAUCUUAUCCUGGACCUCUGUCUUGAACGAGACAUCCAAUUCUUAAGGAGUUCAUUGCAUCCAGGAGCAAGAGAUGUUUUUAAAGAGCUAUAUAAUGAUUAUCUGAAGUAUCACAAAGCUAAGCAUGAGGGAGAAAAAAGAUACACUGUCUGA